CGCACGGAAAUUUUAAACUCUCGUCCUUCUCAGUGAUGGCGGCUACGUUUCGGUCUCUCCCUGCUAGCUGUAAUAACAAAUGGUACUACACCCGACAACAGAUCGACAACAGCCCAUCUCGGCGCGCUGGACUUGAUCCAGACAAGGAACUGUCUUACAGACAACAGGCAGCGAACCUGCUACAGGACAUGGGACAGCGGCUCAAUGUGUCCCAACUUACAAUUAAUACAGCCAUUGUGUACAUGCAUCGAUUUUACAUGAUCCAGUCUUUCACCAGAUUUCAUAGAAAUGUUAUUGCUCCUGCUGCUCUCUUUCUUGCUGCAAAGGUGGAGGAGCAGCCCCGGAAGCUGGAACAUGUUAUCAAAGUGGCCCAUGCAUGUCUCAAUCCUCAAGAUCCUUCACCAGAUGUACGCAGUGAUGCUUACCUGCAACAAGCCCAAGACCUGGUCAUUCUUGAGAGCAUAAUACUGCAGACCUUGGCUUUUGAAAUCACCAUUGACCAUCCACACACUCAUGUUGUCAAGUGCACUCAGCUUGUCAGAGUUGUUCCAGCGAGUAAGGAUUUGGCCCAAACAUCAUACUUUAUGGCUACAAACAGUCUCCACUUAACCACGUUCUGCCUGCAAUAUAGUCCACCAGUUGUGGCCUGCGUGUGCAUCCACCUUGCCUGCAAAUGGUCCAACUGGGAGAUUCCUGUUUCCACAGAUGGCAAACACUGGUGGGAGUAUGUGGAUCCCACAGUCACUCUUGAACUACUGGAUGAGCUCACACAUGAGUUCCUGCAGAUUUUGGAGAAAACACCCAGUCGGUUGAAACGGAUUCGUAAUUGGAAGGCUGGAGGACAGACGCCCAAAGUCAAGACAAAAGUCCAGGAGGAGGGUGACCAGAGGGACACAAUGAUGAGCAUGAUCUCCAUGGCUUCAUCAGAGAGUACUGUAGCAGGCCUGAUGAGCCUCUCUGCUCCUCCGUCCGCAUCUUCCUCCUCAUCUGGGGUCGAUAAGGAGAGGCCUACGUCGGGCAGUGCUCAGACGUGGAGUGGAAAAGGUCAGACUGUGUCUGAGCAGCAGCAGCCUAACAAUGAGGUCCAUGCUCCAGCUAAGGUGUCACUAAGUGAGUACCGCGCCAAGAACGCAGAUGUGCUUGCUGCCCAGAAGAGGAAGCUGGAGAACAUGGAGGCCAGUGUGAAGAGGGACUAUGCCAAUGCUGCCCAGGCUCUCAUUGGUCAGCAGCAGAGGAAAGAGAAGCAGCAGCCGCAUCAUCACCAACAAUCCAGCUCAUCCUCCUCUGACAUGUCCAGCCCAUCGCCCAUUAUUUUGAAAAUUCCCCUGGAGAAGGAGAGGCAUGACAGGAGCUCUCUUAAAAUGCGUUUCCCUGUCGCAGGGGGAGGAGGCAGUGGGCACAGCAGUAGCACCCGUGGCCAGGACCAGGACAUCAAAGUCCGAAUACGAGUGCCUGAGAAGCAAAGGGGGAGUUCAGGAGAGGAGGGCAAGAGCAGGGACAAGCACAGAGAACGGUCUAAUCAUCAUCACCAUCAUCAUCACCACCACCACCAUUCCUCCUCUAGCGGUGGCUCACUUUCCUCUUCACAUAAACAUUCAUCCAGUUCCAGUGGGGCAGUAGCGAGUAGCAAAAAAGUCCCCAGUGACUCAUCCAGAACAAGCUCCUCAUCCUCCUCUGCAUCACGCAAGAGAACACACUCCCAGGAUCCCACUGCAGGCUCUCACCCUGCCACAAAAGUCAGCAAGUCCUCUAGGAAUCCCUACCAGCUCCCAUCCCUGUCUUCCUCCUCUGGGCAAACUCUGGGACAUGGGCCUGACAUUGUACCUGCUCUGGGCCUUCCCCACCACCAAGGAAGCUUUUCUCACUCCAAAGGUGACAAGACGGACACAAAUGGACAUGGUGCAGCUGGUGGAGCCCAAUCAAAUGAAUACCAGGACACUUUUGAAAUGCUAAAUUCUCUUCUGAGUGCGCAGGGGGUGCAGCCGUCUCAGCCGUCCAUGUUUGACUAUAGGUCUCAGUAUGGGGACUAUCGGUACAGCAGUGCUUCCAGAGGGAACAACCCCAGACCCCCACCACUGCCUUCAGACCCACCUCCACCACUGCCACCCUUACCCAAAUGAGUUUCUGUUCAGGAGAUGUAUACAUUGUGCUUGACAUCAGGCAACCUUAUUGUUACAUAAAGUAUUGGAUUUUUCAAAACCCCACCCAUUGACAUUUUUGAUUGGGCUUCGUAUGACUGCAGAGAGUUGUAUUGGGGCAAGAAAUUACUUUUUCCUUUUUUAACUUGUGGGGCAAUAAUGAGAGCUUUCAAAAUGUGACAGGAAAGUGAAGAGGUUUUUCUUUUAUUGAUUUAAAUCAAAUGUAAUGAUGGGACCUGAUUACUGUAUUAGAGGAAGUCAUUGUCUUGAAAUCACAAGGAAAUUAAUAGAUUUCCUCCACAUCCAGUUAGGUCUUUUUACCGAUUGUCUUUUUAUAAUGUUUUUAUAGUGUGUUAUUUAUUCAUUGAAUACUUAAAACAUAUUCCCCUUUGUACCCUUUUUAAGUCUUUGCCUCCAUGUUUUUUUGGGCAGAGGGUUAUUUCUUCAUCAAGACUGUACAGGCUAGUUUGAGAGUGCAUGUCUCCAAAGCCAGCUUUUCAAUAUUUUUCUCUUAAAUUUUUUAACAGCCAUAACCUCAAGAAAUGUGAUUGCCCCAUCUAUUUUUUUCCCCCUUAUUUGGUAAACUUAUACAAAGGUUGUAAAAUGUCUAAAAUGAACAUGAAAUAUUUUUUACUGUUUGUUAUGAAAAAUUUGCAAAAAAAAAGAUGUAAAUUAAGGAAGCUUGUACUUUGGUUUUAGAUUUUGAGUGUUGCAGUCAUUGUUUUAAAUGGUUGUAAAAUAUUAAUAUUCUUUCUCUUUUGAUUACACUAAUGGACAAAGUUCAUACUGAGAAAAUACAUUAAUAGUGGAUCAAAGGGUUCAUAGAGUUUAAACAUCUACCCAGCAUGGUCACAACAAAGAAACUGCCAGCAAAAAAAACAAAACAAACACAAAAAAGCAAACAAAAACAACCUGUAGAGUAAAUGAAUUUUCAUCAUUUGUAAUUGUAACCGCCAUUUAAAGAAAAUAAGCAGUGGAUAGGAAUAAAUAUUUUCACUCUGACUAUGCUAGAAAAAUGAGUUUUUAUGCUGGUGGUCAGUUUGUGGUGACCAUAUCGUGCACAGUGUACAACCAAGUAUUCAAAAUACAGAUAAUCAAAGGAGGACCAUUUGCCUGUCUCUGUGGUUGUCUUUCAUGUAUGCAUUUCCCAUGGUGAUAUUUUUACGUUGGUAUGCAGUGUCAAAUCAUGCUGGCCUAAUUUAGUCACGUAAAAGUUGUCUUUUUACUCCUACUUUUAAACUAAAUUAGUGGAUUUUAACUUUCAGAUUUUUAAGUCCUUUUUCGUAAGCCAUGGUUGAUCAAAAAUGUUUACACGUGUGUCCAGUUGUGUGAAAUCAUACAUGGCAGACAGGCUAGCAACAUACCUCAUACUACAAGGUCAUGAGGAUGAAGUAUAACAAUGUAAUUAAGUGAAUUCAUGUUUUAAAAAUUGUGUUGGAGCAAAUUAGUGGAGGAGGUGCUAUUUAUUGGCAAGAAUAUCGGGUAUCAUCUGUAUAUUGAAUUCACAUAUUAAGCUUUAUAAGGUUUUGAUUGUAUAGUAUUACUGCUCUUAACUAUUAAGUUUGUAAUCAAAAACACCUUUGUUUUAGGCAGUUCAGUAAUGCAGUACAACAAAUCAGCCAUACAUUGUAAAAUAUGGUUGUCCCUUGAUAUAUGGAGAAUUUGCUGAAUGAGUGCAGCUCUUUGCUCCGACAGCAGAGUUUCUGUUAGACAUUGUAACAGGGAAAUGGUAAAUGCACUGAAUAUUUAUCUAUCUCAGUAGGGUUACCUGCAAUACAAUUGACCACGUGUUACAUGUAUUGUGGUUCGAUUAUUAAAAUGGAUGUCCAAUAUAUCAUUUCCAUUUUGUUGAAACUUGUCUUAUUAAAUCUGGAUAAAUCCUCCCAUUUAAGUGUUAAAUUAAUGCUGUGAGAAUAUACAAAAGGACACAAAUUUAAAAAAAAACUUGCGUGGUAAAACCGGACGACACUCAUGCAACCUAUCAAUGCAAAAUCAUUUAGCUAUGGUAAGUUCAUGUUUUUUUUUUGUUUUUUUUUUUUAGUGUAUUUAGUGACACUCAGGUCUGGAAAUGGAACUGUUUUUGGGAUUCUUGUUUUUGUUGUCAGCUAACAGGUUAUACACUUCCAGUUAAACCUUUUAUAACAGCCCCAUUUUCACUUAUUGACUCAUUGAACAAUUCAAGAAAAACAUUUUUUGAGUCAUUCACCAACUGAAAACAUUUGUGAAGUUCUUUUUACAAUGGGAAUUAAACAUUUGGAAGACUGUUACAGAACUCUGUCUGGUUUAUCCUAAAUCACUCUCUUGAUAGGGAUUAAGAAUGGAGAGUGCUAUUCUCCCUUUGUUUUUCUUCUAAUGAUUUGGCUCAUCCUGUGUUGCUGUGGGUUGAACCUCUGACCCACCAAUCUGCCUCUGUUACUGUUUUUUUCAACCGUCUUGAUAGCCAUGCUCAGUGCUACUUUCUGCAGUAUAUUGACCUAAUAAUGCAUCAUAUGUUGUAGUAACACUGUUUCAACAGUGCUUUUGUAAAGACAUUGUUUUUUAGUAAUGGACUUCCUGUGUGAUUCGCAUGCAUUAAUGUUCAUGUUUAAUUUGCUACAGAAAAGCUCUGUAAGGGCCUGUUUUCUAUGAAAUUUACAUGAUUUGAUUUUUUUUUGGGUCACACAUUUUUCCAUUAAAGAUUAUUCACUGAAUUUGAAGAACUUGAAAUUCAAUGAUAAAAAAUACAUUUAAAAAAAAAAAGGGGGUGUUCCAAAACUUUUGACUGGUAGUGUAUGUAAACACUGUCUUUUUGAUAUAAUGUGUUUGCUUUAUUCACAAUUAAAGUCAAUAAAUAUUUUAAGAAAA